CUCCAUCUGAUGAAGGACUCUACAGAUGUAACUGUGUCUCUGGAGCUGGAGGAUCAGCAGACAGCUGGCUGACUGUCAGAGUUCUCUCAGAUUUGGGAAGAUGGCUGAUUUGGAGGCAGACGGGGACAGAUCAGAGUCUCCAGUGUCCAGCUGUCAGCUGUCUUUGAAGAGUGACCACAGUAAAGGUGACGUUCCAAACUUCAGUAAUGAAGCUGGACCCUCAGACACAAAACAGAGAGCAGAGUCUCCAGUGUCCAGCUGUCUGUCUAUGAAGAGUGACUGGUCCAAACAUGAGCCUCUAACCUUCAGUAAUGAACCUGGACCCUCAGACACAAAAGAGAAGAAGAGGAGUCAUGUUUCUGUGGAGGAGCAGCCGUCCUGCUGUAGUUUGUGUCAGGACGUCCUGAAGGAUCCAGUCUCUACCAGCUGUGGACACUGGUUCUGCAGACAGUGCAUCAGCUCAUACUGGGACCAGUCUGCUUCAUCAGGAGACUCCUCCUGUCCCCAGUGUGGAGAAAUAUCCAGAACAAGAGCUGGACUGCAGACAGCCAGUCAGACCAGCACUGUACAAACAGACAGUGGUCUGCAGGAGGUUUUAGAUGAACAUAAGAUCAGUGUGAGGAGGAGAUGUGAACGUGUGACUGAAGGAAGUGAUGAAACAGGAAGUGAAACCUCCUCAACAGGAUCUACACUGAGCUCUACAUCACAGAGGGACAGAGUGAAGAGGUUAAUACCCAACAUGAGGGAGCUGAACUUGAUCAGAGAUGAGAAGUUGAGUCUUCUCACUCUGCUCCGUGUUUUCCAUCCAACAUUACAGAAGGUCACAGCAGAGGAGCUCGCUGUCUGUAAAGUUCUGUUCAUCUUUGACGGCCUGGAUGAAAGCAGACUGUCUCUGGAUUUCCACAACAAUGAGGUUGUGACUGAUGUCACACAGAAGUCAUCAGUCAACGUGCUGUUGACAAACCUCAUCGAGGAAGCUGCUUCCUCGGCUCUGGUCUGGAUAACUUCCGACCUGCAGCAGCCAAUCAGAUCCCUCCUGCAUGUGUUGACAGGCUGGGGAGGCUGGCGUUUGAACCUCUGGAGAAAGGAACCAUCAGGUGCUACCAAGCAGACCUGGAGCUGUGGUCUUGAUGUCACAGAGGCCUCGGUGUACUCAGGAGUUUGUACAGAGAUCUUCAGAAGAGAGUCUGUGAUCUUCCAGAAAACAGUCUACUGCUUCGUUCAUCUGAGCGUUCAGGAGUUUCUGGCUGCAGUCUACCUGUUCCACUGUUUCACCAACAGGAACACAAAGGUACUGGAGGACUUCCUGGGGAGAGACCGGAAUAAAUACAGAUCCCUGGAUGUCUUCUUACAGAGAGCCAUGAAGAAAUCCCUCCAAAGUAAAAAUGGUCACCUGGAUCUGUUUGUCCGCUUCCUUCAUGGCCUCUCUCUGGAGUCCAACCAGAGACUGUUAGGAGGCCUGUUGGGUCGGACAGACAACAGUCCAGAAAUCAUCCAGAGAGCCAUCAACAACCUGAAGAAGAUGAACACAAACAAGAUCUCUCCUGACAGAAGCAUCAACAUCUUCCACUGUCUGCUGGAGAUGAACGACCUCUCAGUACAUCAGGAGAUCCAAGAGUUCCUGAAGUCAGAGAACAGAUCAAAGAAGAAACUCUCAGAGAUCCACUGCUCAGCUCUGGCCUACAUGCUGCAGAUGUCAGAGGAGGUUCUGGAUGAGUUGGACCUGAAGAAAUACAACACAACAAAUGCUGGACGACGGAGACUGAUUCCAGCUGUGAGGAACUGCAGAAAGGCUCGAUUUACUGAGUGUGGACUCUCAGAGACUGACUGUGAAGUCGUGGCCUCAGCUCUGAAGUCCAACCCCUCCCAUCUGAGAGAGCUGGACCUGAGUGACAACAACCUGCAGGAUUCAGGAGUGAAGCAGCUGUGUGCUGGACUGGAGAGUCCAAACUGUAGACUGGAGACUCUGAGACUGAGUGGCUGCAGUUUGUCAGAGAUCAGCUGUGUUUAUCUGGCCUCAGCUCUGAAGUCCAACCCCUCCCAUCUGAGAGAGCUGGACCUGAGAGAAAACUUCUUGCAGGAUUCAGAUGUGAAGCAGCUGUGUGAUCUGAAGGAGAGUCCACACUAUAAACUGGAGACUCUGGAAUGGAAGCCAGAUAUAAUGGAUGUGUUGAGAGGAUCAGCUAUGAUCCAGAGACGUUGAAGCAACAGCAUCAGUCUGUGUGUGUGUGUGUGUGUGUGUGUUUGUGUGUGUGUGUGUGUCUGUGUGAGUCUGUGUGUGUGUGUGUGUGUGUGUGUGUGUGUGUGUGUGUGUGUGUGUGUGUGUGUGUGUGUCUCUGUGUCUGUGUGAGUCUGUGUGUGUCUGUGUGUGUGUGUGUGUGUGUGUGUGUGUGUGUGUGUGUGUGUGUGUGUGUCUCUGUGUGUCUCUGUGUCUGUGUGAGUCUGUGUGUGUCUGUGUCUGUGUGUGUGUGUGUCUGUGUGUGUGUGUAUAAUAGUGAGGUGACUCAAAUAAAUGCUACAAAAGGACUUUUGUCAACUGUUGUACUUUGUUGUUAUUGUGUGUUUUAAACACAGUGUUGUUGUAGUUACUUUUAGUCACCAGUAGAUGGAGAUAAUUUGAUGCUCCUUAAACAUUAAUUGGCGUUCCAAUCCAAAAGGAAGAACUUUAUAUUUUUUGGUUUCAUGACGGUGCACCCACAUUUUAGCAUUAAAUCAUCAGAAUACUGUUCCAUAUUUCCAGUGCUCACAGUAUUCACAUCUUUUACUGUCAGUGAAAAUAGUAUAUCCACACUAUAAAAAUACUCCAUUACUGGUUCUUUAUUCAAAAUGUUACUAGAGUAAAAGUACAAAAGUAUCAGCAUCAAAAUACACUUAAAGUAGCAAAAGUUAAAGUGCUCAUUAUGCAGAAUGCUCCAUUUAUAUUAUGGAUUAUAAUUAUUGAUGCAUUCAUGUGUUCAUCACUUUAAUGUUGCAGCUGGUAAAGAUGGAGCUCAUUUUAAUGACUUUAGAAACUGCUGCGUAGUUUAAUCUAUAAUAAUAUCAUUUAUUAGUUGAUGGUAUUUUGUAUUAAUAAUCUACAAAGUAACUGAAGUUAUCAAAUAAAUAUAGUGGAGUAAAAAGUCCAGUAUUUCCCUCUGAGAUGUAGUGGAGUAAAAAGUGGCCUAUAAAGUAUCAGAAAAUGGAAAUACUCAAGUAAAGUAGGCGACAAGUAGUGAUGAGCAAAUGAAGCCUCAUGAAGCUUUGUCUUUAUCUUCUGAGCCCACUAGAUGGCGCUCUCUGUUCAACAAAGGGUUAACAGCACUGAAGUCAGAUGUUUUGAUCAGAACCCACUUAGUUUAUAGGAUACAGCCUUGGUAGGGCGGAGUGUAAUGUGACUAUUGUCUGACGUCAUCUUUACUCUGUGACAUUGUGGAGGCCUUGUUGCAUUUAUUAUCAAGUUUCCUAUUUGUGUGUUGAUGCUUAUUCUUGAUGUAAACAACCCCUAUAGCUUCAUUUUUUAAUGUACCUUCCAGAUUUGGAUAUGUAUGUUUUUAGAGAAUGCAAGUUAACAAUAAGGACUUAAGCAUUUAUUCUCAAGAACGUACCUAUCUAAUGUCAACUUGUUGGGCGAUGUUUAAGAUUGUCACUGAGCAGUUUUUAAUUUGACGUCUUUAUUCCUCUUUUUCUCUGUAUAAUGUUGAUUGUUACACUAAUUGAUGUUUGGUAUUUAGCCUUUCCACUGCACGUGGGUCAUGUGACUAAUGUCAAACUCACAGCCACUCCUACUUAAGAUGGCUUCUCUUUGUUACACAACUGUUUGCCUGAUGAAGGUCUAGUCACCGAAAAGUUGCAGCAUUGAAAUCAUUAUUUUUGCAAGUGAGACAGUGUGCAGGAGUCUUUUCUACAAGUUGUAUUCUACGAGGAUGGGACUGACGGACACACGCUGGCACAGACAGACGUAUGGAAGGACAACCCAAAAACAUAAUGCCUCUGGCCGCGGCUAUCGCCCAUGAGGAGGCAUCAAAACUGUAAAACAAGAUGAAUAUUUUAGCAGGGCUGAAGCCUUGUAUAUGCAUUCAAGAUAGCGAUGCACGAUAUUGGAUUUUUUUGCCGUUAUCAGAUAUGCUGAUAUGUACCAGCUCAUUUGACCGAUAACCGAUAGCGAUCCACUCUUCAGCAGCUAAUUUUAGUGAUCAAGUCUCUUCUGUGGUGGAAUUAACAUCAUAUUAUACAUGCAUGCUCUUAUAGUGACGGCCCACCAGCAGAUGGAGACAUGAAAUACAGUACUCUUCAACAUAUGUGAUAUUCAUUCAUCGUGCAAAAUAAAAAAGCAUGUUGGCCGAUUCAAAUAGUUCAUUUUAAAGCCAAUAUGGAGCAGUACUGAU